GUUCUAGACGAGGUCGCAAUUGCUAAGCAACUGUAUAUAAAGACGAGUAACUAUCAACUGAAUAGUAUAGUAUAAACAAAUAGCAAGCAGAAACUAUGGAUCGUUGGCUAAAUCGCGUUGCUGUUGUUACGGGCGCCAGUUCUGGAAUCGGAGCUGCCGUCUGCAAGGAUUUGGUGGCCAAGGGCAUGGUGGUGGUGGGUCUGGCACGUCGCGAGGAGCGUCUGAAGGAGCUGAAGGCAUCGCUGCCGGCGGAACAGGGCAGUCGCUUCCAUGGACGCAAAUGCGAUGUCAGCCAGGAGCAGGAGGUGAUCGAUGCCUUCGCCUGGAUCGAUGCCACACUGGGUGGCGCCGAUGUGCUGGUGAACAAUGCUGGCAUUGUUCGUGUUGGAGUGGGCAUCACCAGUGAGAGCAAUGCCGCUGAUUUGCGUGCCAUUCUGGAUACCAAUGUGCUGGGUGUUUCCUGGUGCACCCGCGAGGCAUUCAAGUCCCUGCAGAAGCGCAAUGUGAACGAUGGACACAUACUGAUCGUCAACAGUGUCGCCGGUCAUCGGGUGGUCACCAGUCCUGGUUUAAUCAUGGGCAUGUACUCGCCAUCGAAGUUUGCCGUCACCGCGAUGACGGAGGUGCUGCGUCAUGAGUUCCUCACCAGCAAGACCCAGACCAAGAUCACGAGCAUCAGUCCCGGUGCCGUGGAUACGGAGAUCAUCGACAAGAAGGCCCUGGAACUUAUUCCCGAUUUACCAUUGCUUCGCUCCGAGGAUGUGGCCGAUGCCAUCAGCUACUGCAUCCAAACGCCGCCCAAUGUCCAGAUCCACGAGCUGAUCAUCAAGCCCGUUGGCGAAACCAUCUAGGGUAGCAAACUGCCUCUACUGGGAACCAAGUUGAUCGUGUGUGAUAUCUGAAGAGAUCUUAACUUCUCAACUAACUAUUUCAAUCAUGACAAAUGCAUCCAAAUAUUAUUUGAUUAAAACCCGAACUUUUCUAAAAUGUA